AUCCCACGUUCCCUCCAAUUCAUUAAUUAUCCACCCUAACCCAUCAUUCCUUCACGGCGAGGCAACGCAAGGUGGGUACCCCUUGCUCUGCCUCCGCCGUCACCUACCCAUCAUUUCAAAUAUUCAUCGACAUACCUUUUAUAGCUAUGAGCGAGGAAAAGCAUCAAAAGCAUCAUGACACCUUGUCUUCAUCUUCUUCUACUCCUACUUGUUAUUUUUCCUCCUCUUCUUCUUCUUCUUCGCCGGGCGAGUCGGAGGAGGAGCUGCAGCACAUGCUGCUGGUGCCGCCGUUGUGGAAAAACAAAAAGAGGCUGUCGAAGCAGUUGUCGAUGUGCGAGAAGCCUCGGGACAUUGCAUGGGAGAGAAGGCGCAUGCAAGAGCGGAGGAGGAGUUCGACCGUGUGCGAUGAUCUCACGGAUGAGGACCUGCAUGAGCUUAAAGGCUGUAUAGAACUUGGGUUCGGAUUCAACGAGGAAGAUGGUCAGAGACUCUGUAACACCUUGCCCGCACUUGACCUUUAUUUCGCUGUUAACCGCAGGUUGUCACCUAGUCCUGUCUCCACCCCUCAGAGCCGUGCCUCUUCCCUCGGAUGCCGUUCUUCGUCGUUUGGAAGCCCUAGAAGCGAUUCUGAUUCCUGGAAAAUAUGUAGCCCAGGGGAUGACCCUGAACAUGUGAAGACCAAGUUAAGGCAUUGGGCUCAAGCCGUUGCUUGUUCUGUGAUGCAGUCUUCUUGAGAGAGAAAAAAGUGGGGGAGGUAGUUUGUUUUGUACAGAGAGGGGAGGGGAAAAGCUAGAAAAAAUAAAAUAAUUAAGAAAAUAAGAAAAAAAAGGGGUGGUCUCGGAUUAUUCCUUCUGAGGGGGUUUUCGUUGAAACUAACAAAUUCAAUAUGGUUGGAAGUUGCUUAAUUAGAGGACAUUAUGGUUUAUACAAUAGCCAAUCACCCCAUUUUUCUUCACCUUUUUUCUCUUCGAGUUGUUUUAAUCUCAAGCUGUCUCGCGCAGGGUGUAUUCGUCUUAUAGUAAUUUUUGGGUCACAGGCCAGGUAAAAUACAAUAGCAUUCGGGUCGGGUGGUUAGGAGAUAUGGCCUUUCCUUAACAUGUAUUGUCAAGAUAUAUUCAAGAGACGUCACACCAAUCAUGAGUAUAUAUAUUGAGUAGAUGAGUUCUACCCAUCUUUAGCUUAGGACAUCCUUUGACUUGUCGUGACUUGAUUGUAAAAGAUAAACAUGCAAAAUGUAAUUGUUCCCUCUGA